UUCCCGCGCUCCGAGAGCAGCGCUGUGACGUUACCAUAGCAAUGGACAGAGGGGGAUGGGAGACAAAACUGGCGUGUUUUCAGGCAUAUUCUCGAGCCUACUUGGUGAGAAACGAGGUCCGUCGUGUGCGAGACGACUUUGAGGACAUCGUGAAGGAGAUUGAUGGAGGCUUAACCCACGUGGAGUGGAAGGAGACGGUCAUCCCCAUCCCCCACUUCACAGACACUGACGGCCCAUUUCUACCACCCAGCAGCUCUGACAGCAAACCUUCAAAUGCACCACGACAUGUCUGUGCCAGACCCCUGAACCCACCAUCAUCAUCAUCAUCAGCAACACCAUCAGCACCAUCAGCAUCAUCAUCAUCAUCAGCACCAUCAGCAGCACCAUCAGCACCAUCAGCAGCAUCAGCAUCAACACCAUCAGCAUCAUCAGCAGCAUCAGCAUCAGCAUCAGCAGCAUCAGCAUCAUCAUCAUCAGCAGCACCAUCAGCAUCAUCAGCAUCAUCAGUGGAGAGAGGAGAUCAUCGUGUCCUCCCGGAGAAGAUAGAAGCAGAGAGAGAUGAUUCACAAACCAAAGGACCGGCCUCCCUUUCUAAGCGUUGUAUCCACAACAGCAACGUUACAGCUGCUGGAGUGUCACAGAAAGAAAGCAGAGAGGUGGAGAACGAUGGAGACUCCACCACCGCCUGGAGCAGUUUGGAGCUGGACGUGACCUAUGGUCACUCUCACAAAGCUCCCCAGCAGUUCUGCUUGGCUCAAAAGGUGCCCUGUACCCCAGAGGCCCUGCGUCUCCAUAGAAACACCCUGACCAUGGAGCUGGUCUGGCUACAACAGGCCAUUGACAGCAGGAAAAAGUACUUGUCACUGAAGGACAGGCUGAGCGUAUCCUGACAUCAGAAGUAAUGUGAACUGGACUUGAUAACGUGGGACUGAAGGCCUGAUUGCUGUCCGUCAACUGAACUUUUUAUACAUAAACAAAGACGCUGUAAAUAAAUUGCUUUCAGUGGUAUUUAUCAUGUGUUUGACAAAAACUG